UUUUUUUUUCUCAGAAUGUCAUUUACAUGUUAUUUUAUCAACUUCCUAUGAAGCUCUUCGAUUUAAGCAGGUUUCCUCACUUGCUAUUGCUCCGCUGUCACAUCAGCUGCACUCGUCAGAUGAAAAAAAAAGCUCACAGGACAUCAGUAACAUGAAAAGGGUGACGUGGUGGCUCCUCUGUUGGCUGCUCCUGUCUUUGGUGUUCGAUAAUAUCAGCUGUAAUGGAAAAGAUGCCAUAUUCCAUUGUAUGAAACACGUAGACACGAUUUUGACAAAUGGAACCCCAGAAGCCACUAUUAAAGCCAUGCAGAACCUAGAACAAACUCUAGAGGAAGCAGAUUUCAAUGAGACUACGUACAUGUCAGUCAACCACUUGUUGGCUGUCUUGCACAAACCCAAAGGCCCUUUCCGAGGCCUUGACUUUUACGCCAGUGAGAAUGAGGCAAAUUUAGACAAGGCUGUCACCAACAGCAAAGUGAGGGUUCAACUGCCGAGAGAGCUGAAAGCUGGAUCAGACAACAAGAUUGUGUUCUGCAUGCUUACCUGGCCUGAAACAAACGGGACGAUAUGGGGAUCAUCUGAGCCAAUAUAUGAGAGCAGACUGGUUGGCCUGAGUGUGCGGGGCAAGAAAAUUUCUGGACUACAGGAACAUGUCAACAUCACAAUGAAUCUCACUAUGAGCGUAAAUGAGACCCGAAAACCCAGCUGUGUUUUCUUUAAUUUUUCAACAAAGAAAUUUAGCAAUGACGGCUGCAUAACCCGGUGGAAACCUUUCCAGAAUCACGUCACCUGCUCUUGUGACCACCUCACAUACUUUGGCGUGCUCAUGGUGUCUGCUUCCCUCUCACCUGAAGACCAAAAUAUUCUUUCAUACAUUACUAUGAUUGGUUGUAGUCUUUCUCUUUUUACCCUGGUCAUCACUGUUAUACUCUUCAUCACAAAGAGAAAAGUCAGGGCAGAUGUCUCUAUGAAGGUCCACAUCAACCUCGCCAUUGCCCUGAUCCUCCUCAACGUGCACUUCCUCCCCAGUCAGGCGGUGGCAGCACUGCCCUCCAGUGGGCUUUGCUUUUAUAUAGCUGUUGCUAUUCACUACUCUCUGCUAGCCACUUUGAUCUGGAUGGCCCUGGAGGGAUUUCACCUCUAUCUUCUUUUGGUCAGAGUCUUCAACAUCUAUAUCAGAAGAUACUUGCUAAAACUCAGCAUGGUGGGAUGGGGUAUCCCUGCAGUCAUCGUAUCCCUUGUGAUCAUCAUAGACAAAGACUCCUAUGGACAUGUCCCUCUGACUGACUCCGAAAGUCUAAUAUGUUAUAUAAACAAUGACAUAGUGAAGAUGGUGACUACCGUGGGAAUGUUCUGCCUCGUGUUCAUCUUUAACAUUGUCAUGCUAGGGGUGACAGUCAGGCGCGUUGUGAGUCUCCGCCAGAGCAAAGAGUUUGGGCAGCGUGACCAUGACAGAGCCAAACGAGACAUCUGUACCCUGCUGGGAGUCAUCACUCUGCUCGGCAUUACGUGGGGCCUGGUCUUCUUCUCAUUUGGCUAUCUGGCCACUGCUGGCCUCUACCUCUUCUGCAUCCUGAACUCACUUCAAGGUUUCUUCAUCUUCCUGUGGUUUGUGAUGUCUCUGAGAAAGAUUGAAAACUCAACUACUAAUACAAGCAGUGAAUCACGUACCACCAACAGCUCAACCUGAACUCAACACACCAGGACAUUUUUCUUUUGUGUGUUUGUUUGUGUGUUUAUGUGUGUGUUAAGGGGAUUCAUACUGAAAUUCUGUAAAUUUGCCAUUUAUUAUUUCUGCUUAGGUUACUAUGUUUUCAUGUACAACAAUGUAGCAAACUCAUGUAUGUGACUGUACUAUUAACCAUUUUUGCCCCACUGGCCAUCACUGUCAUUUUCGACUCACAAUAAAAAAUCUCAAAGGUA